AGCAGAGUGUGGAGAAAGAGCAGCUGUCAGCAGAGGACCGUAUGGCAAGGCGGGCUCCCUGAGAUUCUAUACUCCACCGAGAUUGUUUUGCUGCUGUUUGCUGUUUUUGCCUUGCUUUGUUUUUUAAAGUUUCAAAGGAUAGGCAGGUGACAUUCAUCUUGGCACCACCAUCUGCAACCAUGCUUCACUCUCCACUGAAAACCGCACUGGCAUAUGAGUGCUUCCAAGAUCAGGCCAAUUCAACUUUAGCUUUGCCUUCAGAUCACAAGUUAAAAACAAGAGGGACAGGAAAACAAAGGGUCCAGGAACAGGUGAUGAUGACCGUCAAGCGGCAGAAGCAAAAGUCCUCCCUUUCAUCUGCAUCAAAUGCAGCAGGUCAAUCCAACCGAGGUUCGAUGUAUGAUGGUUUGUCUGAUGGCUAUAACUAUGGAACAGCCCGUGGUAGCUACUAUGCCAAAGCCCACACAGGAACCAAUAACUGGGGCCAUACGAUGUACAAUGGAACGCUCAAAAGAAAUGCAGCUGAGAACAAACGCUACAGUUCCUACAGCCAAAUGGACGGUUGGGGUAGCAAGCAUUAUAACAAGAUCUGCAGUCCUACACAAGCUGGCAGCGACUACUGCUUUGUGCAGAACAUGAAGAGUAGUCGGAGUGAGCCAGACCUCUACAAUGACCCUCCACGAGGCACGCUAAGAAGAAAUCAGAGUGGAAGCCGGGUGAAUCACAAGGCCAGUCUACAUCGUCACAGCCUCUACAGCAAUACAUGUAACAACCAGGAAGGAAUUGUAACCCUCACAAGGUCAAAUAAGAGAAUUCCAAUUCGCACCCCCUCUUGCACGUCUGCUAACAAGCAAGAUGCAGUCUAUGCCCAGCCUGUCGCCAGCAAGCCUGAUGCAAUCUACGGACAAGGUCACUCCAAAAUAUGUCAUGAUGAAGUGUAUUAUGGAGCAAUGACCAUCCAGAAAGCCAUUCAACUCCUGUGUUCCUCAGAUGAGAAGAACCAGGCCAUGGGUGCCUACUACCUCCAGCACACCUGUUUUCAAGAUGAAUCUGCCAAGCAAGAGGUUUACCGACUUGGAGGCAUUGCCAAGCUGAUUGAACUUCUGCGCAGUUCAGAUGAGAACGUGCAGCAAGCUUCAGCUGGGGCCCUUCGAAACUUAGUCUUCAGAAAUCCAACUAACAAAUUAGAAACCCGCAGGCAGCAUGGAAUUGGAGAGUGUGUGAAUCUCCUGAAGAGGACUGGGAACACUGAAAUACAGAAGCAGUUGACAGGAUUGCUCUGGAACCUGUCCUCCACUGAUGAACUGAAAGAAGAUCUGAUACAUGAUGCUCUUCCAGUUCUGUCCGAUCGUGUUAUUGUACCUUUUUCUGGAUGGUGUGAUGGUAUUGGCAAUAGAACAAGAGAAAUUAUUGACCCAGAAGUUUUCUUCAACGCCACUGGCUGUUUAAGGAACUUGAGUUCUGCAGAUGCUGGACGUCAAACCAUGAGAAACUACCCAGGAUUGAUUGACUCUGUGAUGACAUAUACUCAGAAUUGUGUGGCAGCUAACCAGCCAGAUGAUAAGUCUGUGGAGAACUGUAUCUGUAUCCUUCAUAAUUUGUCCUACCGCCUGGAUGCUGAAGUGCCGAAUAAAUACACCCAUCUUAACCACUUGGCCAGAAACACUCACACAGACAAAAGCUUGACAGGCUGCUUCAACAACAGAGGAAAGCUAGAGUAUGAUGAAUAUAAUCUACCGCUUCCUGAAGAGGACUAUAAACCUAAAGGUUCCAGCUGGCUGUACCAUUCUGAUGCCAUUCGCACCUACCUGUCUUUAAUGGAAAAGAGCAAAAAAGAUGCCACCCUGGAGGCAUGCGCUGGAGCUCUGCAAAAUCUGACUGCAAGCAGAGGAAUGAUGUCAAAUGCAAUGAGCCAAAUAAUUGCCUUAAAGGAGAAAGGGCUGCCUCGCAUAGCACGGCUCCUGCAAUCCAAUAAUGCUGAAGUUGUCCGAUCUGGAACAUCUUUAUUGAGCAACAUGUCUCGGCAUUCUAUUCUCCACAAAACCAUGGCUCACCAGGUGCUUCCAGAUGUGACUCGCCUUCUAGCCCUCCAGGCUCCAGGUUCUAGCAACUAUGGAGACAUUAUGACAUCAGCUUGCUAUGCCCUGAGGAACUUAAUCAUGUACAACCCACAGAUGGCUAAGCCCUACUUGACUGGCAGUUUGAUAAAUAAUGUAGUAGGCCUGUGCCGGAAUGGAUCUUAUCCCAAAGCAGCUGAAGCAGCUCGAAUGCUGCUAUCUGAUAUUUGGUCAAACAGGGAACUCCAAUCUGUACUAAAACAGCAAGGAUAUGACAAGAAUAUGAUGGGAUCUUUAACAGGAAGCACUUUCAGGACUUUGUCUUCCAGAUUCUAAGAGACUUUGCAUAUUUGGAUUGCAGAGCAUGUAACUGGUUCCUGUCUGGAGUCUUCAAUCCUCAAGGAAUUAGUUAGGAUGUUAAAAGACUUACAGUAUUUUGAAAGUUCAACUAAGUUGUAAAAUUAUGAAUGAAAAUUGUAUUGUCUGAAAUAAGUAUCUUAAAAUGUUUUAAUGAAUAUUUUAAAUAUAUUUUUCUCUUCUGUUAAAUUGGGAGAGUGGUUCUUAAUGUUAUGUAUAAGCCAAUUUACCAAAAAUUGGGAUUUAUCAUUUUGAAUGACAUUCAUAACAAUUGAGACAUCUACUUCCCUAACCAAUGUCAAGUCAAUAUAUUAGGAAAUGCUAGGGAAAUAGUGCCUAACUGCAGCUUAAUUCAUUAAAAAAAAGCAUGAUUUUUUUUUAUAAGUGUGUACAUUUUUAGAUAGCAUUUGGGUAGACAGACUACUCCUAAUUUUGGAUCUCUAGAUAUUGCUGGAUGACCAUUCUCAUCAUCCAAGAUCAGUAAAACUGCUUUGAAUGAUGAGGGCCCUUGGGCUAUUUGGGAAUAUUUUCCAUAGAGUUCUGUGGGAUUUACUGCAAUAUAAAUGCCUAUAGAAUGGCAUCCUAAGGCCAUUUUUGUACAGCCAUAGGUCUAGCAGUAUAUCUUACUGGUGAACAUCAGAUAGCAUUUUUAUUCACUCCCAUUUCAACUAAUUUCUGUAAAAUUAAUAACACCUAACAUGUUUAUUUCAUUUUCAAUAGCGAUUAUACAUAUAUUUAGUGAUACAUUAUUCCUUUUUAUUGCUGAAUUUCCAUUCCCUCAAUGCCUCAAUAAGGGAACCCUCCACUAGUAUUGUCAUUACAACCACCAUAUUUCCGAGAAGUAUAAUACCCAAACUAGAGAAUACCAGAUAGAGGAAGCCUGUCCAAAUUUUGUUUUCAUGGGUUCUCUUCUGCAUUCAUUCAUUUCUCUGCUUUGCUUUCAUAUUUCCCGAUUAUUGCUAGGCUUUUUUUCCUGUAGAUCAUUUAGAUGUCAAGAAGCAAAUUCACAUAAGAGAAGUUUUUCCUGAAGAGUUUCUUAAUCUUUGUUUUUGUACUAUAUAUGAACAGAGUUCCUUCUACAGUUCUGGAAAAAAAACAACCUAGAAUUCUCAAGAUAAUAGCUUACUAUAUUUAUCCAUAACUACAGACUUCUGUAUGAUUCUCAGGUAGUGUGUCUCACAAAAAUGUAUCUUUCCUUUUUAAAAAAUAAACUUGUGCCUGAAUGUGCCUGCCAAGAUUAUAAACUCAGAAAGAAGAUAAGAGAGGUUUAACAGAUUAACAGAGUUGGAAAGGACUUUAUAGGUCAUCUAGUCCAACCCCCCACUCAAGCAGGAGACCCUAUACCAUUUCUGACAAAUGGCAGUCCAAUCUUUUCUUGAAAGUCUCAAGUGAUGAAACUCCCACAACUUCCAAAGGCAAGCUGUUCCAUUGGUUGAUUGUUCUCACUGUCAGAAAGUUCCUCCUCAUUUCUAGGUUGAAUCUCUCCUUGGUCAGUUUCCAUCCAUUAUUCCUUCUCUGGCCUUCAGGUGCUUUGGAAAACAGUUUGACCCCCUCCUCUCUGUGGCAGCCCCUCAAAUAUUGGAAGACUGCUAUCAUGACUUCCCUGGUCCUUCUCUUCACUAGACUAGCCAUGCCCAGUUCAUGUAACUGUUCUUCAUAUAUUUUAGUCUCCAGUCCCCUAAUCAUCCUGGUUGCUCUCCUCUGCACUUUUUCUAGAGUCUCAACAUCUUUUUUAUAGUGUGGUGACCAAACCUGGAUGCAGUACUCUAGUUGUGGUCUUACUAGGGCUUUAUAGAAUGGUAUUAGUACCUCACUUGAUCUUGGUUAUAUCCCUCUGUUAAUGCAAUUUAGGAUUGCAUUGGCUUUUUUAGCUGCCGCUGCACACUGCUGGCUCAUAUUUAGCUGAUUGUCCACUAAAACUCCAAGAUCCCUCUCACAGUCAUUGCUAUUAAAUCUGGUUUCCCUCAGUUUAUACGUGUGCUUUUGGUUUUUCUUACCUAACUUUACUUUUCUCUACACUGAAUUUCAUUUUGUUAGAUAGGGCCCAGUGUUCAAGUCUUUCAAGAUCCAUCUGGAUCUUGAGCCUAUUUUCUAGAGUGUAAGCUAUUCCUGCCAAUUUAGUAUCAUCUGCAAAUUUGGUGAGUUCCCCUUCUAUUCCCUCAUCUAAGUUGUUUAUAAAGAUAUUGAAGAGUACUGGGCCUCAGAUGGAACCUUGUGGCACCCCACUGCUUACUUCUCUCCAUGUAGAUUUAGAUCCAUUAAGGACUACUCGUUGAGUACGGUUUGUCAGCCAGUUGCAAAUCCAUCCGGUGGUGAAGCUAUCUAUCCCACUUUUUUCUAGCUUACAAAGAAGUAGGUUGUGGUCUACUUUGUUGAAUGCCUUGCUGAAGUCUAAGUAUAUUAUGUCGACAGUAUUUCACUGGUCUACUAAUUUAGUCACUACAUUGAAGAAUGAAAUAAGAUUGGUUUGGCAUGAUCUGUUUUUAACAAACCAUGCUGACUGCUAGUUAUUACUUUACUCAUUUGUAGGAGUUGGCAGAUUUGUUUUUUUAUUAUCUUUUCCAGUAUCUUCCUGAGUAUUGAUGUUAGGCUGAUUGGUCUGUAGUUUCCUGGGUCUGUUUUUUUCCCCUUUUUUGAAGAUGGGAACCACAUCAGCUCUUUUCCAGUCCUCUGGUAGUUCCCCUGUGCUCCAGGAUUUUUGAAAGAUGAGGUGCAAUGGUUCUGAGAUGACAUCUGCCAGUUCCCUUAGAACUCUGGGAUGUAAUCCAUCAGGUCCUGGUGAUUUGUAUUCCUCAAGAUCAGACAGGUGUUCUCUUACUAUUUUUUUUUUUGCUUAUUUUAACUUUUAUUUCCAGGCUUUUUUUUUACUGUUAUGUUGUUGGUAGUUUGGGCUAUAGUUUCUUUUUUCAUGAUCUUAUCCUUUCAGUGUCUUAAAUGGAAGCCUAAUGAAAUUAUGUUUUAAUAAGUUAUUAGACAAAUGGACAAGAUUUUGUUACAUUGCAAUAUUUCCAUUAGUUCAUCUUGCCCAAUUAACAGUGGAUAUGGAAGGAAAAUGGUUGCAUUUCUUUUAGUUUUUAAUAAUGCAACCAUUAGGAAUGUCCUAUGUUUUCCAAAUAAUAUUUCAGUCUUUCGUCCUCAUGAAGACAUUCCAUAAGAGAUAAAGAGAUAAUGCAUAAUCCAAUGAUAUGAUAUUAUUGUCCUAUGCCUUGUUGUUAUAAAUCUUUAUUCAGAAACGAAUGUAAGAACAUUAAUAAGUAUUUCCCCAAAAAUAAGACCCUGUCUUAUAUUUUUUUGAACCCAGAAAUAAGCACUUGGCCUUAUUGCCAUGUGAUCAAAAGCCCGAUUGGGCUUAUUAUCAGGGCAUGUCUUAUUUUGGGGGAAACAGGGUAGAGCCCUACCUACCCUGUUAGUUUGCUAUUCUUAUAGUGGCCUAUCAGAUAUUGAUUGGAACCCCACAAUUGGGACAUGAGCCCAAGGUUGCCAUUUUAUAAAUGUUCUUCAGCAGUUGAUAUAUAAAAGUACUGUGAUACUUAAAAUAACACAUAAGCUUUAUGACUAGCUGUUGUUCAUAACCUUUUAUUUGUUAUAUCUAUGAACUGAUUUAUUUCUUUUCAAAAAUAUUGAACUCACAGUCAUCAACACCGGGCCUUAAGAUAGCAGAUUCUGUAGUUUCUCUGUAUGCUGCUUUCUUUUAUUUCUUGGGAUUUUCCACAAUUCAGCAUACAAUAAUUUUCCUUAUCAAAGCAACUUAAAAUAACUGAAAAGGAUAUUAGAAUCCAGUGAACUUCAACUCAGGAAAAUAAGUUAACUAUAUCCAGAGCAUUUUCUGCUAAGUCACUUCUAGAAAAGCCUCUUUGGAGGGAAAAGGAGUUCUCCUGAACAAUACAGGAUGGAACAGAGGAGUUAUUAGAAAAUUGAACUUUGUCCAAAUUUUAAAAAGCUAAAGAAAUGCAUUCUGAAUAGAAAGCUGGAGCAAAGCACACAGUGAUGAAGUUUGGGAAAGGAAGAUCAGGUAAUGAGAAGGCUGCUAAGUUGAGAGAAAGGAGACUGAGAUAGGUAUAAAAAUGGAUAAAUAAUGGUGCCUUGGAACUGCAAAGGUGAAGGAUGGGAAAAUUUACAUGUCGGUUUGAAAUAACCAAUUAAAUCUUUUGACAGCAGAUAUCUGUGUUGACUGUAUUCAGUUUUAAUGAGAUCAAUCAACAGUAAUUAGUUACAUUGAUACAAAUAAGCAGCACCAAAUUUAGAGAUCCAGGUUCCUUAGGGGCCAUGGAGUGAAUAUGACUACUACAACAGCAACUCUUGAAAUAAGAACUACCCAAAUGUAUAAUGUUGUUUUAGCAGAUCCUGGGAAAUUUAAAUGGUGGUGCUGAAGGUUGUCUCAAAGCACAGUGAGGUGUCCUGGAUCAUUGUAAAUAAAUUGUUAUAGUUUCAACAUAGAAAAAGCACCUAUUUUUCUCAACAGGGCUUGCUUUGUUUUAAGCCUCGUAAAAAGCCAAUAAAAUGAUGUAUUGAAUGUCCAGUGCAUUAUUUCAGAAGACUUGUGUACACAAGCAAAAUUUUUGCUAGCAUUAUUUUUAGUUGUAAUAUUAGCAGUCCUUUUUCUAACAUCUAUGCAAAGCUGUAAAAUAUAUGUGCAAGAAUCCCAUACUACCAUUGUUGUUUUUCCUGUACUAUAUGUGUAUUUGCUUCAUUGGAACAUCUAAAGUUAAUAAAGUACUGAAAGUCUCUUAA